UACCCCUGCGUUCAAGUUCUUAAUGUUUUGAUCCACAGGUGACUUUAGAAUGCAAAUACAGGAAAGAAAUGGUCCUCCCUUUGAGAAGAGGGAAAGGAACUUACUCUCCAACAUGUUUAAGUACCUUUUCUGCAUACAAUUUCUCCUGAUUGUAAUCCUUGAGCUGUACCUCAUAGUUCGGGGUGUCAUAUCAGCUUCAGACAGCCAUCGUUUCCACCCAAAGAAAUGGUACCUCCCACUGCUCUCCUCCACAGCUUGUGCAGGAAUUGCAGGAUUUGCAUGGCAGUUGCUCACGAGCAUCAACCCUUCGCGAGCGUUCAAGGCUGCAUUUGUCAUUAGCCCUCUUGUUACCUGCGCGUAUGGGAUUUUACUCGUCUCCAUUGGAUCUAAAGGAAGUGCCGCAGCAGCUGUAUUCGCUCUAGCUUCUGCUGUCAUUCAAUCCUUGUACGCGUGCUGGGUCCAUUCCCGGUUUCAGCACGCCAUCAGGAUUCUAGUACUUUCAGUGGCAUCUUACCCUCCAAGAAUCAGAACUGCAGCGCCUAUAUUGAUAUUCAUCUGUACCUUCUAUUCCGCUUUCCUGAUGUGCGGCAUUGGGGGAGCAACUGCAAUCGGUACCAACAAGCUUAAUGUCCUGUUCAUAUUCCUGACUCUUUUAAGCCUCACGUGGACACUUCACGUAGCUAGAAACAUGAUGUUUGUCACUGUAUCACAUAUCAAGUUCAUGAGAUUUGCAAGUGGGGAAGAGGUUGAGCUUAAAACAGUGAUAAGAGACUCAGCCAUGAACUCGAUAGGGAGAGUGUGCUUUGGCUCGAUUCUUGUACCGGUUCUUGGUGUUAUCCGGGGUUUGGCUCGUGCAACAAGUUUGCUUACAGGAGACGUGGAUGAGUUCAUGUUCUCGUGUGCAAAUUGCUGCACAGGAGUAACUAAAAGGCUUGUAGUUUAUGGAAAUAGAUGGGGUUUUGUGCAGGUAGGGGUGUAUUACAAAGGAAUCGUACAGGCUUCAAAGGAUACAUGGGAGAUGUUUAACAGAACUGGAAUCGAAACGUUGAUUGAUACAGACCUCACUAGCUCGUUCUGCUUUCUGUGUGGCAUUGCAGCCGGAUCAUUGUGCGCACUGGUGGCCGGAACUUGGGCGCUUUUUGUCCAGAAAAGCUACGCAACGGAACUGUCUUUGUACGCAUUCUUGACAGGGUACUUAUUGAAUAGAGUCGCCAUGGCAUGGAUACAAGCUAGUGUUGCAGCAUAUUACGUUGCCUAUGCAGAAAACCCACAAAACCAGCAAUUUGAUGGCACCAUUCCAGAUUACAUUCAGGCACUACAGAGACUACAGAGGUAGGAUGCAUGAGAUCAUAGCCAGACAUUGAAAAAAAAUUCAAGGUGUACUUUCACCACGAGCGACCAUAAUGUGCUGGAACUGCAAACAGAUGGUUAGAAUUCGAUUCACUUUAAUUUAUCAUCUUGUACAGACAAAAGCCACUCACUAUCUUCAAUGAGUUAUAUAGAUUUAUGCUUGUUU